AUGAAAAGUUCGAUACUUUUUUUAACGACAGCCAUCUUGGCCUAUGUCAACACAGCACAAGCAUACUUUUAUGUUCCUAGUUUCAUGAACUCGCUCCCUUUCAAGGGCGGCAUGGCAUACGCACGAAAGAACGAUUCAUUGUAUCUCUUUGGUGGCGAAAAUGCAACUGUACGAUAUACGAACGAUCUCUAUAAACUGACACAAACAGCUACAUCUUACAACUGGGAAAUCGUUCCUCAAAUCAACGCACCAAACGGUACAAUCUACAGUCAAUCCUAUGUUACCGCCGAUGGUCAGAACAUGGUGUUGAUGGGCGGCAUGUCCAAUGCCACCAACGGCAGAGGCUUACCUCUUCAGAUCCACACCUACAACUUUGCUUCUCAAACAUGGACCGAGUUUUCUGGAAAUAAUGCCAACGUCUCUUCACCUCCACCUGCUGAAUUCAUCUACAACAGAGAAUACUUCAGCGCUACCUAUGACAGCAAGAACCAGCUCACUUACAUCUUGGGUGGUGCUGUCUCUGCUGCCAAUCAGGUCUUUAGCGACUUCCAUGUCUUGGAUGCCAACUUUAAAUCAACUGCACUCGUCUCUCCACCUUACGGUCGUUAUGGUCAUUCUGCUUCUAUUUUAAGUGAUGGUAAGCUGGUUGUUAUUGGUGGUGUUACAACCAACGGCUCUCCUGCACUCGCAAGUCUUCAAUCUGCCUGGGUUUACGAUCCUGCAACAAAGGGCUGGGUGGAGCAGAAUCUCUCGACCACUGCAUCUCGCUAUCCCUCUACUACUUCUGAUCACACAGCCGUCGUUACCUCUGAUGACAAGAUUAUCAUUUUUGGUGGUGAUAGUGCUGAUGGCCAAAGAACCAGACAAUACUUGAAUACCAUUGCCGUGUUGGACUGCAAGACCUGGUCAUGGUCUAUUCCUAGCAUUGGCGGUAUUCCUCCUUCUCGCCGUUCAUUUGCUGUUGGUGGUCUUUUAGACGGUGGUAAACACCUCACGGUUGCAUUUGGUUCUUCAUCAAAUUCUUAUUAUAACGACAUCAACACCUUUGAUUUGACUGCAAGCUCCUGGUUGCAAUCAUUCAACGAAUCAUCCAACAAUGGCGAUGGUUCCGUUUCAAAGGGCCUUAUCGCAGGUGUCACCGUAGCAGCUGUUGUAUUACUUGUCAUCAUCUUGUUCUUGCUCUGGAAGUUCCAAUCCUACAUUCGUUGGUUGGUUGUUCGCAUUCACAACGACAUUUGGAAGCCUCGUACUGGUGAACCUGUGUGGGCUGAAACUUCUCGCAUCGUCGCUCAAGUUUUCUUCCUGUUCAUCUUUGCCAUGUUCUUGUAUUUCGUCAUUCGACAAGCUGUGGAUAGCCCCAAUGUCACUCAACGAAUCGAAUACGCUGCUGCUGAAGUCGAUGUUCCUGAUGUCCGCUUCUGCUACGACGGUUAUCCCAGCCAAAGUGCCACUUAUGGCCCUCCCGGCGUCUCUUGUCAAACAGACAAUGGCUACUCUUGUACCGAACACAUCAAGCAGCUCAACAUGUCUGUAUUCCAGCCUACUUUCUCUGACAACUUGGGUGCCGUCAACUGCUUCCUCUUCCGUGCCCCUAAUGACUUUAAGAUGACCUCCACUUCGGGUAAGAACAAUGGCUCUCGCUUGCUCUUUACCAUGUUUGGCGAUCAGACCACUACCUAUGGCCGUGUUCAUGUCUCUGUGUUCCCCAAGGAAAUGGACCCCAAUGCAAAGAUCUAUGGCUACGAUGAUGGCAUGAGCAACUACUUGAGUGAGGCUGAUGUGCUCAACUGGCAAAAUUCCGAGCGUAACGAUUUGCAAGCUACCAAUGUCUACACUAUUCAACCCUUCACCUACAGUGCUCUCAGCUACGACAUUGUCGAUCACCGCUAUUUGCAACCUGUCGGUUGGAACUAUGUCGGUUUCUUACCUGUUACCAACAGCACACCCGAAAUUGAGUCCAACUUCCGUUCUGAGGCCCCUAACCCUACUUACACCAAUGGCCAUAUCGAUCUCGGUGUAUUGGCUGUGUUCCCCGAGAAUUUCGCCACAUUGGUCGACCGCGAAGUCAAGAUGUACACUCUCGUCAAUGCGCUUGGUUUUGUUGGUGGUAUCUUUGGUCUAUUGAUUGCUGCUCAAGCCUGGCUCUUUGGUUAUCGUCCCAGAUCUCCUUGGGGUGUUGUUCAUCGUUGGUCCACUGGCAGCCGCAAGCAGUCUUUGCUCCAAGGUUUGCAACAAAAGUUCAAGACCACAGACUCUGGUAUUCCUCUUGUCCAUCCCGUCCACCACCGAUUCAGCGUCAAUGAAUUCCAAAACUUGGGACAAGAGACUGAAGCACAAAGAGUGUCUCGUGUUGAGGAGCGCAUGCAAAUUUUGGAACUCUUGUUCAAGGCUUACUAUGUCGAUGAUGAAGUCUUCCGUUCAUUAGAUAACGCAGCCGCUGUUGGAGACCAACACAAGAACCAUCCUCAUCAACAACAACAAUUUGGUGUCGCUACACCUGGCACACAAGCCAGCGCUAAUCCCUUUUUCGCUUCCACUGAAAAAUUAAGUCCUUACCAACAAAAGGAAGACCAGAAUGGGUUUUCCCACAUGUUUAGUGAGAGACAAAGUCGUGGAAGCAUCAGCAGCGAUGCCAACUCUCAAGUCAACUUGCAUUCGGCUCAAGAUGUUCAUUUACGUGAUAUGCGAUAA